AAUAAAAAUUCCACCAAACCCAAUCUUUGCAAACUUGGGUGUUGUGGUCGGAUUCGUACGCACUUCAUCAAACCUUUUUGGAAUCAUUUCACGUAAGCGUUAGUUUUGUUGGAGAGACUGUUUACGCGUUUAUCGAUCAAAAAAGCUUUGACGAUUCUUCCUUGUCAGGGUUAUAUCAAACCACCGGGUCAAUCUACUCGUUUACUUUUCUUCGGUCUUCUCUACCUCCAUCCACUUGAGUCUUCUGAUAUAUCUUUGAUUUUUCCGCAUCAAUAAUGCCGGAGAGAGAGAGAGAGAUGCAAUAACAAGACAACUUACUUCUGUUUCUAAACUCCCUGUCUGAUUAAAUACCCACCAACAAGGGUUCGAGAAACAGAGAGGUUUCGAGAAGAAUCAAAAUUGUCUUUUUUUUCCUCUUCUUUGAUCUGAUUAGGUGAGAUUUAAUACAAAAAGAGAUCAAGAUUCGUUUAAUUUUAGAGGGUUUGAGUUUCUGAGAAGCUUCAGUUCGAUUAGCUUCAUUGCAAAACAGAGGGAUUACUCUGUUUUUUUUUGGAGGGACCACUCUGUUUCUGUAGUUGCUGAAUCGAAAGUUCUGAUCUUCGUGUAGUAUCCACAGCGACGAGAUUUGGAAGUGUGUUUAGAGAUGGAUGAGAGUAGCCAUGGAGGUUCAUCAUCAACCUCACUCCCACCUUUCCUCACCAAAACGUACGAGAUGGUCGACGAUUCCUCAUCGGAUUCAAUCGUAUCGUGGAGUCAGAGCAACAAGAGUUUCAUCGUCUGGAAUCCUCCAGAGUUCUCCAGAGACCUCCUUCCAAAAUUCUUCAAGCACAACAACUUCUCAAGCUUUAUCCGACAGCUUAACACUUACGGUUUUAGAAAAGCUGAUCCAGAGCAAUGGGAGUUUGCUAAUGAUGAUUUCGUGAGAGGCCAACCUCAUCUUAUGAAGAACAUUCGUAGACGCAAACCUGUUCACAGCCACUCUCUACCUAAUCUCCAAUCUCAGCAAAACCCUUUGACCGAUCCGGAGCGGCAGAGAAUGAACAGUCAGAUCGAGAGACUGACUACGGAGAAACAAGUGUUGCUUCAAGAGUUGCAUAAACACGAGGAGGAACGAGAGUUGUUUGAGCAGCAAGUUAAGAAACUCAAAGAUCAGUUACAUCACAUGGAGAAGCGUCAGAGGACAAUGGUUUCGUCUGUCUCUCAGGUACUUGAGAAGCCAGAGCUUGCUCUGAAUCUAUCUCCGUGUCUGCCCGAAGCAAACGAGAGGAAAAGAAGGUUCCCUAGAGUUGGAUUAGAGACGAUGUUGGAGGAGAACCACCAGACAUGUGGUGCUGUGAGAGAGGAAGGUUCCACGAGCACUUCUUCACACGAUGCAACGGAGUGUCAGGUGGAACGGUUGGAGUCAUCGAUAGCGAUUUGGGAGAAUCUUGUGUCGGAUUCUUGUGAGAGUAUGGCACAACAAUCAACGAGAAACAUGGUGACACUUGAUGUGGAUGAAUCAUCUACUUGUCCUGAAAGCCCUCCUCUUUCUUGCAUUCAGCUAAGUAUCGAUAUACGUCUUAAAUCUCCUCCUUCUCCAAGGACCAUCGACAUGAACUCUGAGCCUGAUGUUUCAAAAGAACAGAACGUUGUUCCUCCUGAUCCUGCUCCUCCAGCAGUUGGAGCAAAUGAUGUCUUCUGGCAACAGCUUUUGACAGAGAACCCUGGCUCAACCGAGCAACGGGAAGUUCAAUCAGAGAAAGCUGAAGAUCGGAGUGAGAAAUGUUGGUGGAACUCGAGGAAUGUAAAUACAAUUACAGAGCAGCUUGGACAUCUGACUUCUUGAUAGAGAUGUUGAUAUGUCAAGGAUCUCUCUACUUUAGACUGUUUUUUUUUUUUUAGUUUCUUGUGCUAUAGGUUGGUUUCUUUGUUUUCGGUUAUAAGCAUUUGGGUCUGUCUUUCAUCAUCA